AUGAUGAUUGCCGCCUUGAUGGUAUUCGAGGUGUCUGCUGCAGUUGAAGCCGAGACCGCUACUGCAGCUCCUACUCCGUUAGGGUCAGAGGCCAUGACUACGUGCGCCAAUUAUGGCGCGGACCCGGUAGUCCAAGUCGUUGGAGAUGUUGGCGAGACCACCAAGUGGAGAUAUCCUCACGAUUACUACAAGUGUUGCUGGCCACACCACCACCAUCACCAUCAUCAUAAGUGGUGCUGGCCCUAUUACAAAUUCAGUCUGAGCCACGGCUGCCGCUGCUCCGACAGCUCUAAAAAGUCAAGUGCCAAGCCAGGUUUCUCUAAUUACCAUCGCCACAUCUUCCAGUCCGGGGAACCUGCUUCGACCUCCAGUUACAAGCAGCAUCAAUAG